AAAAAAAACCGUUGACUUACAUGGUUUGAGCAAGACAGACUUAGGAUCAGAUAAAGGAUGGGUGGCGAGACCAGUUCCCAUUCCCAGCAAACCAGCGAGAAAUUUCAGGCUGCGUUUAAAAGGGUUGCUGAUGUUGCCCAUAUUCCAACAUGUGCAAAUUUUUGGAUGUACAAAGAAAAAAUCCGACCCAUUCUGGAACACAUAAUAGGCGGAGAACAGAUCAGACAAUGCUUCAAAGUCCAGAAAUCGGACAUGUUCACAACGGCAAUGUCACACUACAAAGGCAAAGCCAGUGAAAUCCGGAGAAAAAGUGCUACCAUUCGUCACGAGGUGCUGAUGAUUGUCUUUGAUGAUUCCAGGGAAUAUGACUAUGAUGGAGGUGGCUUCAGACGAGAGUUUUACUCUACUUUCUUCCUACAAGCCAUCAGAGACAGGGGGCUCUUUAUUGGUAAUUUUCCUCGACUGGUGCCAAAUUUUUCACAGGACAGAUUAGACGACUUGACUGCGGUUGGUAUUGGUAUAGUGGAAGCCAUUUUGAAUUUUGAUUGUGGAUUUCCGUACUUAAAUCCCGGACUGUUUCAUUUCAUGGUAGAACAUGACGAUUAUGAGCAGUAUCUUACCGUGGAAGACAUUCCAAAUCCAGAAGUGAAAUACCUUGUCGAUCAACUCUUAAAGUGCAGCACCGAUGACGAGAUAAAUGACGUCAUUCAAAGUGAAGAAGGGAAUGUGGUGGGGCACAUUGGCUGGCCAGCGGGCAAACACUUCAACAUGAAAAGCAGAGAACAACUAAUCCAAAUGCUGAUAAAAUACAGCAUUAUUGAUGAGAGACGACCAGCAAUAGAUGCACUGAUGAAAGGACUUAAUUAUUUGAAUUUUCUGGACAAAACGAAGGAUGUAUCUUUGCUAGAGCCCCUUUUUGUUCAUUCUGAAGAAUACUCUAUUAAUAAAGAAUAUCUGAAGAAAAUAUUGCUUCCUGCUUUGGAGGGCUUAAAUGCUGUCAAUGAUAAGCUACAAAAGGCCAAGGAUUAUGCAAUACGGUCUGUUAAUGAGAUAAAUGAUGAAGAAGCAAGGGCACUUUACCAUUUUAUCACUGGACUAGCCAGUCCAUCUGUGAGCCAAGAGCAACUAAAUGCUGAAUUCAUCAUGGCCAACCCACAGCAGAAGGAACCAGAAGCCAUGACAUGUUUUGAGAAAUUAAUGAUUCCUGUUGGCAACAAAGACUAUGAGGAAUUUAAGAAGUCGUUUCAACAUGCCAUUAAAACAUUUGAAUCACUUGAUUGAGCAAGUAACUGAUGUAUUUAAGAUGAAAAUUGUCCAUGCAAGCCGGCUUCCAAAAACUGUAAUUUAUCAUAACUUCUAAUAAUGAAUGCUGCUAGCAUUAAAAGCAAUCUAAGUUUUCAAAGAUUGCUUCAAAUGAACAUGAAAGUUUAUGGUAUGUGUAAUUCCCUUACAAGGAAUGUUAUUAACUACAUGUAUAUUUUUUUCUCUCUUCGCCUGACUGAUACAUGUACAUGUAACUGUGCAGUGAAAGACUGUAAUAUGUAAAAUAAAUGCAUUAUUAAAACAUCAAACACAAGUUGGCACAAA